UCUACCCCGCUGUGAGGGGUGUUUCUUUUACGAGUGGGAACUGGGGAGCGGCGAUCGCUAUUUCCGAUACCUUUCCGAUUUCAGUAAUCUUUUUCUUCAAAAAGAAGAUUUAUAGAAAAACUCCCAAUCUGCAACAGACGCGAAAUCGAUCUCAAUUCAACGCAAAUUAUCGUUUCAUACAACCUCCUAAUCCAGGAAAUGGAUGAGGGUUCUGAGAAUAAUGCUGGGAACAUUGCUAGCAAUGUGCCUACCACAGCCACCGGUACUGAAGUGAAGGAAAAGAAGAAGAAAAAGAAAGGACUGCUGUCUAGAAUAUGGAAUUCAAUAUUCAGAUCACACGGAGAUGAUUUUGAGAAGAGACUGAAAUAUAUUUCAAAGGAGGAGGCUGCUAUUAUUGCAAGAAUUAAAAAACGUUCACAAAGUUGGAGAGGAAUGACCAGGCACCUGAUUAUACUUUCUGUACUGUUUGAGGUUAUUGCAGUGGUUUAUGCUAUCGUGACUACAAGACCACAUGACUUGGACUGGAAAAUGAGGGCUUUGCGAGUUUUGCCUAUGUUUCUAUUACCUUGCUUAUCUUUCCUUACUUAUUCAGUGAUUGGAAGCUUCAUGAGGAUGCGUGAACGGAAGGACCAGAAAACCUUGGAAAAGCUUCGGGCUGAAAGGCAAGCCAAGAUUGAUGAGCUUAAAGAGAAGACCAAUUAUUAUACUACACAACAACUCAUUCAGAGGUAUGACACCGACCCAGCAGCCAAGGCAGCUGCUGCUACUGUACUUGCAUCCAAGCUUGGUGCUGAUAGUGGCUUGAAAGUUUAUGUGGGAGAUGAGUCUAAGCAAAAUGCCCCUAGUGGAAGUAGCAGUGACGUUGAGGUUGUGCAGUCCGGGGGACUACGAAAUCGAAAGCAGGUCCAAACAAGAUCUAGUAGCACUGGAAGUACUACAGUGGAUCAUCGUGAAGAUGAAAUGCUUAGACAACUUGAUGGUUCUGAUAUGAGCCAAUAUCAUCCACAGGUUGUUGAGCAUUAUAAUCCAACAAGUUCUAGCACACAAGAUGGAGGAUGGUUAGCACGAAUUGCGGCACUGCUUGUGGGAGAAGAUCCAACACAAUCUUAUGCACUGAUCUGUGGUAGCUGUCAUAUGCACAAUGGCCUUGCUAGAAAGGAAGAUUUUCCUUACAUUACAUACUAUUGCCCACAUUGCAAGACUUUGAAUAGGCCUAAGCAUCUUGGAGAUCUUGUCACAUCAGCUUCCAGCACAUCCCAUUUGACAUCCUCUUCUGCUGAGCCCGAGACUGAGGCUGAGGAUGAGGCGAUUCAAAAUCCUAGUGGCUCUAGUUUGGAUGAUGUCUCUGCCAGUAUCAGCUCUCUGGUUGAUCCCUUGCUGAUGAAUGAAGGUGAUAUGGUAGUAUCUAAUGCUCCUGGUAGCUGAUAUACUUGUUUGUUUUGUUUUUGUUGUGUGUAUUAGUUAUAGGUUGGUUCCUCGUGUCUCUUUUUCUGUUUGCUAAGUUGCUGUAAACGAUGUAGAAAAGAGCAUUUUUCCCCUUCGCACUCGCCUGAAUAUUUCCCAAGUUUACCAUGAGCCUAUCUAGACUUCGAGUUUAGAUGACUGAAAUUUCGUGGACUAAAUGUAAUUAGAUAAUGGAACAUUUUUGUUCAUAUCAAUCCAUGUUAUUUAUGAGUCACGUAA